UCUGUAACAAGUAUCAGAAGGCAGAUCUUUCCCCGGAAGAAGCAGCAACAUCCUCUGGACACUGCUGCAGCCCCAGCUCCGCUCAGCCUGUCUGUCAGCGAUGAACGCUUCGUGCUGCCUGCUGUCUGCUCAGCCGCCGCUGCCUAAUGGCUCAGAGCACCUUGCAGCCCCUUCCUCCAGCAACCGGAGCGGCAGCGGGUUUUGCGAGCAGGUCUUCAUCAAACCCGAGGUCUUCCUGGUGCUGGGCAUCACCAGCCUGCUGGAAAACGUGCUGGUCAUCCUGGCCGUGGUCAGGAACAGCAACCUGCACUCCCCCAUGUACUUCUUCCUCUGCAGCCUGGCCGUGGCUGACAUGCUGGUGAGCGUGUCCAACGCCCUGGAGACCAUCAUGAUCGCCAUCGUCAACAGCGACUACCUGACCUUCGAGGACCGGUUCAUCCAGCACAUGGACAACCUCUUCGACUCCAUGAUCUGCAUCUCCUUGGUGGCCUCCAUCUGCAACCUCCUGGCCAUCGCCGUGGACAGGUACGUCACCAUCUUCUACGCGCUCCGCUACCACAGCAUCAUGACGGUGCGCAAGGCCCUGGCGCUGAUCGCCGCCAUCUGGGUGAGCUGCGGCGUGUGCGGCGUGGUGUUCAUCGUCUACUCGGAGAGCAAGAUGGUCAUCGUGUGCCUCAUCACCAUGUUCUUCGCCAUGCUGCUGCUCAUGGGCACGCUCUACGUGCACAUGCUCCUCUUCGCGCGCCUGCACGUCAAGCGCAUCGCGGCCCUGCCCCCCGCCGACGGGGCGGCGCCGCAGCACCACUCGUGCAUGAAGGGCGCCGUCACCAUCACCAUCCUGCUGGGGGUGUUCGUGGUGUGCUGGGCGCCCUUCUUCCUCCACCUCGUGCUCAUCAUAGCCUGCCCCGCCGACCCUCGCUGCGUCUGCUACACCGCCCACUUCAACACCUACCUGGUCCUCAUCAUGUGCAACUCGGUCAUCGACCCUGUCAUCUACGCCUUCCGGAGCCCCGAGCUGCGGAACACCUUCCGAGAGAUCCUGUGCGGCUGCAACGGCAUGAACUUGGGGUAG